AUGCAGCCCACCUGUGCUGAGGCCUUCACCACCAACCAUCUCAUCUUCGCUUUGAUCUCGUCACUUACUUCUACAUCACUCUUAGUCACCACGUUGGACAGCGCUCAAGAAUGGGAGAAUGAGUGCUUCCCUGACGCUCCUGCGGUCACUUCGGCCGUCCAGAACCUGCCCAGCAACGACCCCGUCGCUGCCGGAGCGUCACCUGAACCGCCCACUGCAAGCGACCCCCAAGUCAUCUCGAUCCCAAAUGGCGCAGCAGCAUCGCCAUCUAGUUCUGGGGCUGCUCGAGUUACACCCACAGACAUACCCCUCCCCACCGCCACACUGGCGGACGACACUGCUCUGGUCAUGGCUGAUGAAUCGACAACAUCCUCCGGGCGCAAAAAGUCCACAUCCACUGUGUAUGUGCUGGCGUCGGCCACGUCCCCAACCCAUACCAGCACCACACAGAUCAAGUACACCAGCAUCGAGUACGUGACCGUCACGAGCGAUAACGUCGUCCACACCACCCAGAGCGCCGUGGUCGUUUAUGGAAACAACAAGUCCAAUGCGGCCGUGAUUGCCGGCGGCGCUGCCGGCGGAGCCGUAGGUCUGGGACUGCUCGUGGCCUUGAUGUGGUUUCUCUGGCGUCGCCACCACCGAGGCGUCGCGUAUGACAGGGACAUUUUCGAUCCCAACAUGACACACUCGCACUACUCGACGGAGAACGGCAGUGAAGACGAAAAGGUUGAAGCACCGAUGUCCCCGAUGAGCACGACCACAGCGGCAAACGGCUUUUAUCCUCCUGACAAAAAGGAAGCCACCAGCCCCACCCCGUCUGACGGUUUCGACUGGCAGUCUCCGUUCAGCCCAACGAGUCCCGUGAGCCCAGGUGGACCCAGGAGUCCACAGAUGGGCUCCAGAAGUCCACCCAUGAGUCCGCCGACGAGCUCGGAGGGCGGCACCAGCCCUUGGGGUCCUGCCGUGGUAUUGCCCGCGACGUAUGGUCGUCGCCCGUCGGUCCGUCGUGGCUCGACAGACCGGACUAGCUCGUCCUUCUUGGUACCACCGCCACCCACCCGUCCUCCUCGUCGUGUAGCACAGCCAACGUCUCCCUGCUCGACUGCACGCCCGAUCAGCGAAUUGUCACACUACAGCGAACCAUCAGUGUACAGCCACAGUGUCCACUCGGGAUACAGUCAUCCGGAGGAGGCCCACUACUACACCGAAGAGCGCGAGGGCGAGGUUCAGCGACAGAGCUGGAUGUCUCUACACCCACCACCUCAUACACCACCUCCCCCGACUCCGGCCACCUCCCCGCCACCUACUUCCAUGUCUGCAGUCGAAGCCAGGCGGCGCCAGGCCGCAGCUGUGCGUGACCAGCGCCUCUCGGACAUGGGCGUCAUCCCACCCGUGUCGCCAUCGGCUACGCCCGUCGCCGCACAGCCACCUGCACCGUCCGUAUCCCCGCCUCUCCCUGUGGGGUCGCCGACGUCCAACCGCGGACCUGUCAUCGUCAGUCCCAUCGGAUCCAGCACCUCCCUGUCUUCGUACGGUAUGCACGAGCUCAGUUCGCCCAUCACCGCUCUACCCUCAGGGCACAGCGCCGCCGCUCGGUCCAACAUCCCACUCGGCAUGCGCUCCGACCCAGCGAUCGCGUGCAUUGCCCCCUACGUCCCAGGCGUCACCGCCAGAGGACCACCAGCCCGGGUCGCCGCGGACAACGAGAGCCUCCUGUCCGGAUACUCCGAGGACCAGCUGGCUGGGUCCACAGACGCGGGACACUGGGACCCCUCUCCGCCCCAGCCACUGUUUGCCGAAUUCCCCACGCCGAACCACCGGCGCAACAGUCCCGUCGGCAGCGCGGACGUCCCCAGCGACGUCAGUAUUGGCAGCGCCGCCGUCGGUCCGCCCGGUCCCCCGUCCCCGCAUAUCUUCCAGCACACAGACAUGGCAGUCGCCCAGCAGAACGCCAUCGCCGCUACUGCGGCUGCGACACCUGCUCCCCCGGAACGUCCCCCGCGCCCCGAACGCCUUCCACCCAAGUACAACUCUGCCCGCAGCCGUGGUGACGUGAUUUGA